AUGUCGCAGUCGUACUUGCCGAAAGAUUUCCUGUGGGGAUUUGCAACAGCAAGUUACCAAAUCGAAGGCGCACCGCAUGAAGAUGGCCGUGCCGAUUCUAUUUGGGACACCUUCUGCCGCAUCCCGGGCAAGAUUGCUGGCGGAGAAUCUGGAGAUGUUGCAUGCGACUCCUACCACCGCACUGACGAGGACAUUGCUCUCUUGAAGGAUAUCGGCGCAAAGUCUUACCGUUUUUCCCUCUCGUGGUCCCGCAUCAUACCACUCGGCGGACGCAACGACCCCGUAAACGAGAAGGGUCUGCAGUACUACAUCAAGUUGGUCGACGAUCUCCGUGCCGCAGGCAUCGAGCCGAUGAUAACGCUGUUUCAUUGGGAUCUCCCAGACAACCUGCACAAGCGAUAUGGGGGCAUGCUGAACAAGGACGAGUUCGUGAAGGAUUACGAGAACUACGCCAGGGUGUGUUUCAAGGCUUUCGGUUCGAAGGUAAAAUAUUGGAUCACCUUCAACGAGCCGUGGUGCAGCUCCAUUCUCGGAUAUGGCACCGGCCUUUUUGCUCCCGGUCGUUGCAGUGAUCGGAGCAAGAGCGCAGAAGGUGACAGCUCGAGGGAGCCGUGGAUCGUCGGACACUCGCUCCUCAUUGCUCAUGGUGCGGCAGUCAAGGCCUACCGUGAUGACUUCAAAUCCAAGGAUGGAGGCCAGAUUGGGAUUACGCUCAACGUGGACCGACCCCACGCAUAUCAAGCCCGUGCGAGGAUAGUAACAAUCGGUCUGACGUCUGAGCAUGAAAAACGUGUACUGAUAUGUCGUGUAGGCGACUGGACCGAGCCAUGGGAUCCAGAGGAUCCGAAAGACCGUGAAGCCUGCGACCGAAAGAUUGAGUUUGCCAUCUGCUGGUUCGGCGACCCAGUGUACUUUGGCAAAUACCCCGACUCGAUGCGCAAGCAAUUGGGCGAUCGCCUACCUGAAUUCACACCGGAAGAGGCGGCUCUGGUCAAAGGAAGCAAUGACUUCUAUGGCAUGAACCACUACUGCGCCAAUUAUAUUAGACACAAGGACACUGAGCCAGAACCUGAAGAUCAUGUCGGCAACCUGGACAUUCUUUACCAGAACAAGAAGGGCGAAUGGAUCGGCCCAGAGACACAAUCAGUCUGGCUGAGGCCGAUGCCUUUGGGUUUCAGAAAGCUAAUCAAGUGGCUCAGUGAUAGAUAUGGCGGCCCGACCUUCUACGUGACAGAGAACGGUACCAGUCUCAAAGGAGAGAACGAUCUCCCUCUUGAACAGCUGCUGGACGACGAGUUCCGCUGCGAAUACUUCAGGGGAUAUAUCGGAGCCUUGGCGGACGCUCAUACCUUGGACGGUGUCGACGUCAGGGGUUAUUCAGCAUGGAGUCUCAUGGACAACUUUGAGUGGGCCGAGGGCUACACGACACGUUUCGGCGUUACCUAUGUCGACUACAAGGGUGGGCAGAAGCGCUAUCCUAAGAAGAGCGCGCGCGAAAUCUCGAAAAUCUUUGACAAGUACAUCAAAAAGGAGUAG